GGAGCGUCAGUGAACUGCAGGACGUAGACAGGAUACACACCCGGUGGAAUUGCAGUGACUGGCAGCAUGUGAGCAACCUGUGAGUCUGGGACGACUGGAGAACUUCACAACUCCAAGAAAAGUAAUGUCAGGCUGGUUGAGAGAUGGAGAGGUUCUGGAGGGUCAGGGCAGUGCCCCGGCAUCUCCUGUUACCCCUAGAUUUAGGACUCCAACAUCAGGAAGAGGAACGAGGCCCUCACCUGAGAGUGCAGCCUUCAGGACACCACAGGACACAAUGAGGAAAGCCAAAGAGCUGUUUGGGUUGUGUGAUAAGGAGAACAAGGGCUUCAUCACCAAGCGAGACUUGCAGCGGUUGCAAGGAGAGGUGCCUCUGACCCCAGAGCAGUUGGAGUCUGUGUUCGAGAGCUUGGACCGUGAUAGAAAUGGCUUCCUCACGCCUUUAGAGUUUCACACAGGCCUAGGUGAGCUGGUAGAAGAGUGCGAGGUGAAAGAUCCAGCAGAGCUGAAAUUCACACAGAUUCUUAUAGAACUCGGAGCUGAUAAACUCCUUAAAGAUCAGUGGGAGCUGUGUUCCCUUUGGUGUCAUUUGCAAAAAGACAGGCCUGAGUUGCUAAACGUGUUGGAGGAAAUUCUUUCCCAAGCCGUGGCUCAUCUUCAGGACGCCCUGAAAGAGAGGGACAAUUUGGAAGAGACACUACACAGACGAGAAGAUGACCACGACAGGGUGGUGCGCUCACUUUACGAAGAUCUAGAGAACCAGCUCAAAGAAGAGCGAGAGAAACGACUCACUCUGGACAGUGUGAGACAUGGAGACAAAAGGGAACAGCUACUGCAGGAGUUAAGGUUGAGAGAGCAGGAACUAGAGUUCACGUUGACCAAGCAGAGAGAGCUGGAGUCUAGGAUUAAAGCUCUGUGCCAGGACCAGGCAAACACUCGGGUGCAGAACCAAAGGCUGCAGCUGGUGAACGCAGAUUUGCGGGAGCAGUUGGAGGAGAGCCGAGAGGAGCUGCAGAAGGCGCUUAACCAGUUGCAGAUCCUCCAGGAAACACUUACAGAUCAGCAGGAGGGCAAGCAGAGGCAGGUGCUGAAAGUCUCCAGAAACAUGCAGAAAGAGCGAGAGAGCCUGAUGAGGCAGCUGAAUCUGCUCAGGGACAUGAACAAGCGUCUGCGGGAUGAGAAGGACGCACAGCAGGAUCUGAAGAGGACACCUGAGGAGAAGAGACCUUUAGAGAAGAAAGGGUCAAUAAUUGGAGACUAUUUACUGGCCAUGAGACCUGACAACAGUAGUAGGCGGGUCAGUUUUGUUGGUCUGAUGAAGAACAGCUCAUCUGAUGUUAUUGCGGAGGCCGAGCAAACGAUCUCAGAGAAAAACCAUAAACUGGAUACAUACAGCAGCACGGCUGAAGUUAGAGGCCGAGAGCGUGUGUUUAAGGUUGUGUUUUUAGGCAGUUCAGGAGUAGGUAAGAGUUCAUUCAUCCAUCACUACUGCAAAGGGCACUUCCCCAAUAAAAUGAGCACUACUGUAGGUGUGGACUUUCAGGUCAGAAGUCUAAUACUAGACUCCACCCAGAUUUCUCUCCAGCUUUGGGACACAGCAGGACAGGAGCGAUUUCACAGCAUUACAACACAGUAUUACCGUAAAGCAGACGGGAUCCUGGUCAUGUAUGACAUCACUCAGGCCUCCUCGCUCGUGGCGGUGCGUGAUUGGCUCGAGCAAGUACAGAAAAACAUGGCGGAUGGAGCAUGUGUGAUGCUGCUAGGCAACAAGAUGGAUAUGGAGGAUGAUGGUGGAGGACAGGUGACCACCAUGCAGGGGAAAAAAAUGGCUCAAGAUUACCAGGUUGAGUUCUUUGAAUGCAGUGCUAAGAGUGGCUAUAACAUCCAAGAGGCUAUGAGACACCUGGCUAGGCUGAUGGCCACCCAACAAGAUAAACAGUGUGAGUUUGUACUUCACUCCCUGGACAACUCAAGCCAUAGCGGGCAGUGUUGCACGUAGGUGGACUAAGGAAGAACCAAUGACAAAAUCCAGUCACAUGAUCAGCCAUUACCAUCAGACUGAAACCACUUACUACACUAAUCCAACAUGUGGAAAUUCUUCUGAACAAUCUCUGUGGGCGGUGACUUUCUCAGGAUAUUUUGCCCAGAGUGUUUAACAUGCGUACAUGUUAGCAUGUUAGCACAUGUUAGUUGUCAGCAACUAGCAUCGCUAUCUACCCUUCACUUGUAGACUCAAAACUGUUCCAUCGUGACAAUUUCGUGAAGAUAUGGUUUACAUGGGUUCAAGUGGCAGACCUUAAAUGACCUCACAUGAAGCUCUAACCUCAAACCUAUCGAACACCUUUGGGAGGAAUCGGAAUGCCGGCUGCACCCCAGGCCUCGUCACCUCACCUACAUCAGUACCUUACUUUACUAAUGUUUACAUGCACAAAACCACACUCCAAAAUCCAGAGUAACAUCUUUCCAGAAGGGUCGAGGUUAUUAUAACAGAUUAUGAAAUGAAGAUUAUAUCUGAAAUGGGAUGUGUAUAAAGCAUAUACCAAUGUUAUGGUCAGGUGUCCACAAACUUUUGUGUAUAAAGUGUACAUUAGAUUACUUUAGAUGGUAUCAUUCUAUAACAAUGAGGGUGGUAAGAUAUCUUUAUAUUUCAUAAUGUGUUUGUUAAAUCAGUAUAACCACUGUUUAAUAGCUAUAAUCAGUAUCUCUAAGAUUACAAUGUAUGUUUGAUUGUUAAACACAGUGAAUUGACUGUGUGCCAUGUGAAGCAAAUGAGUGUCUUGGGUGGUUCUCAAAGAGACUGUGUUCCAAAUGUAUUAAAAAAAAAUAAUCAUUUAACAAAAUGGAAUUUUUGUAAAAUUGUAAAUUGUAUUUUAAAAAAGGUCUGGAGGAUUUCUAGAGUAACGAGGUGUUAAUAAAUAAGAAAAUGUGGCUGUUUCACAGUUUAAUAAUUUGUGUAAUCAUGCAUAGAAUGUGUAUUUUCAAUACGUCUUCGAACGAACUGCCGUCGUUUGCUGAACAAUGUCUCAUUUACAGCAUCACAACUUCCUAAACGUUUUCUUUUUUACUCGCCAUUUCAACUUCUUUACUGAAGUUAUUGCUCUUAGCCACGUCAAUGGCUUUGAAAUGAAGUGGAUAUGACUUUUAUAGUUUUAGGACUAGUAAAAAUUUUAGAACAAACAUUACUAUGAACAGCUAUGAAUCUGUGAACUCUGAUCAUAACUUUAAUGUAAUAGAUUUGAUGUUAAAACUAUAAAGAAUGCUACAAAUUAUGCUUACGAAAUUGCACUUUUAGACUAUAAACCACCUUUAGACCACUUUUAGACCAAACUUAUAAAAGGGAAAGAUUUAUAAUCACAUUAUUGACUGGGUGCAUCUGGGUUUAUACCUCGAAUUUGUAUA